AUGACCGGAGCAAGUAAAGAUCAAACCGAGCGAGAAGUCCGACUUGGGUCACGAGAUUUUAAUGACAACUUCGUGUGUGGCAAGAAAGUCAACAGACCAUUAGUGACCGAAGAAACACAGAAGCAGAUGAAGUUCUUGAUUAAACGCGCACAAUCCGAGAGCGAAGCACUUGAGAUCUUCAAAGUGGAUUCUACCAGAUUAAAUCUUCAAAAGAAUGGCGAGGGAAUAUACGUGUGCCAAGGACGAAUCCAAGGUGAAUAUCCAGUGUAUCUGCCAGCAAAACAUGUAUUAUCUGAAUUGGUCGUAAAGCAAGCUCAUAUGAAGACCCUGCAUGGGGGAGUUGCCCUGAUCAUGAGCAAAGUCCGUGAUGAAUUCUGGAUUCCUAAAUUACGAACUUUGGCGAAGAAAGUUCUCAGUUGUUGUUAUGGUUGCAAGCGGUUCCAUACAGUGCAUGAACCAACUCCACCUCAAGGUAAUUUACCAAAAGAAAGAACCGAAGAGACGACGCCAUUUGAAAUCGUUGGUGUAGAUUAUGCUGGCCCUAUUUACUAUCGAAACAAGAACAAUGAACAGAAAUCGUAUAUCCUUAUCUACACCUGUUCCUUAACUAGAGGACUCCACUUCGAACUUUUACCUGAUUUGAGUUGUGAGGAAUUCCUGGCAAGUUUCAAGAGGUUUGUAGCGGUUCGCGGUAGACCAAAGAAGAUGAUUUCAGAUAAUGGUAAGACCUUUCAUGCUGCUGCGAAGUGGAUUAAGAAAGCAACCCGAGAUGAAAGGUUUCACGCAUUUCUGCACGAUUAUCAAAUUCGAUGGCAGUUUAAUCUGAGUAAAGCAAGUUGGUGGGGCAGUAUGUUUGAGAGGAUGGUCGCGUUGGUAAAGAAUUUGUUGUACAAAGUCGUUGGUUCUGCAAAACUCACCUACAAGGAGUUGCAGGAUGUAUUGCUAGAUAUCCAGAUAGCACUCAAUAAUCGACCAUUAACGUAUUGCGAAGACAACGUGCAAUUACCUGUUCUCACGCCAAACCUGAUGAUAUUGGGUAAAGCCAAUUAUUUAUUGGAACUUCCGAGUGCUGAAAUUGAAGAUGGUGAUAUGCGAAAGAGAGCAAAAUAUUUGAAGAAAUGUAAAGAGGCGUUAUGGCGGAGAUGGCGAAAUGAAUACAUGAGAGCGCUUCGAGAAAGCCACGACUUACGACAUAACGGGAAAAGCAGAAAUUUACAAGGUGAUGUGGUACUCAUCAAAGGAGAAGGAAAGAAUCGAGGAACGUGGAAGAUCGGAAUCGUGGAAAGAUUAAUACCGGGGAGAGAUGGAAUUGUAAGGGCGGUGAGACUUCGUGCCGGCAAGAGUUAUCUAGAAAGACCUAUUCAGUUUCUUUAUCCAAUGGAGUUACACAGUGAUGAAAAGGGCUCGGAACAAAAACCACUGAAUCCCGAAGUUGAAGAGUUUAAGCCAAAGCGGAAAGCGGCGGUUGAGGCAACAGUGAAUAUUCGGCGAAUGCAAGAGUUUGAAAAUGAAAGUGACUAA